AUGGACAAAUAUGAAAACCAGAACAACAAUUUGGAGGAUGUCAAAAAGGUGGACGUGUACAGCCUAGCAUCAGAGCAAACACAACUGCUGAAAUGUAUCAGAAAACAUUUAUUGUUUCCACAAAAGUACUCCUGCAAGCGAAAUCUGCUAAAGACUGACACCAGAACUAAAACUAGUGACAGAAAGAUGAGCGGCAAACUCAACAUUCCUGAUAACAAAAUGGUGGAUUAUUACAAGCAGAUGAAAUCUAAGAACAGGAGCAAGCAAAAAAGAGCUCAUCAGCCAAUCAUUGAGUUUGCUGAAGAAAACAUUUCAGGAUUUGAAUGUAAUAAAUAUGAAAAAGAAACAACUGAAAAUGACCUCAGAAAGCAGUACCUUUAUCGAUAA